AUGGCGCAACGUGAAGACAGCGAACUGUACCCUGCGAAGUUUCUUGCGGAAAGCGCCCAUCCGGAGAAGACACCAAAUCCUCCCAAUCUUCUCAUUUUGAAUCAACCGAUAGCCCACUUCACUGCCUUUUCACGCCUUUGGAAGCACACGGGGUACCGGAUAUGUGCCGAUGGAGGGGCGAAUAGACUUUACGACAUGCUGAAAGGUGACUUGAUAGCGCAACGCGAACAAUACCUACCCGAUAUGAUCCAUGGAGACUUGGACUCGUUACGCGAUGAUGUGCGUGACUACUACGAAGCACGAGGUGUUCCUGUGCUACGCGAUGGUGACCAAUACAGCACAGACUUUGGGAAAUGCAUGAAGAAAAUCUCGUCGCGUCUUACUUCCUCAAUGGUUCGGGAUGUGAUUGUUCUUGGUACCCUCGGUGGGAGGGUUGAUCAGGGCCUUGGGCUCCUGAACGAGAUAUACAGGGAAGAAAAUCGACAUGCCGACCUUCGCCUAUGGCUGUUCUCCGAGUGCAGCCUGAGCUUCAUACUUCGGAGUAAAGAGACUCUGCUGAGAGGGCUACAGGAAGAUGGUAUCUUUACCGAGAACGUAGGGUUUCUUCCUAUAUACGGACCGGCGAUCAUCUCUACCGAAGGUCUGGAAUGGGACGUCAAGGAGUGGCCUACGCAGAUGAACGGCGGUCAGCUCAGUACGAGCAACCACGUCAAAGCCAACGAUGUGAGGGUUGGAACGGACGUGCCGAUAUUGUUCACGAUAGAAAGAGCGCCUUUGUGA